CCGUUGCGCAGGCGCAGCCCUGUAGCUUCCAGGAAGCCACUUCCUGCCUGGUUUCCUAGCAACGAGGGAAGCGUUGUUGACAUCCACAGAAACUGCAGAUCAGGCUUGAGAGUGGAGCUGUCCCACAGGCACGAUGACGGAAGUGGAGGAAACCCUCAAGAGAAUCCAGAGCCACAAAGGGGUCAUUGGAACGAUGGUGGUCAAUGCAGAAGGCAUUCCAAUCCGAACAACCCUGGACAACUCCACAACGGUUCAGUAUGCAGGCCUUCUCCACCAGCUGACCAUGAAAGCCAAGAGCACGGUCAGGGACAUCGACCCCCAGAACGACCUGACUUUUCUCAGAAUCAGAUCAAAGAAACACGAAAUCAUGGUAGCCCCAGAUAAGGAAUAUCUUCUGAUUGUCAUUCAGAACCCAUGUGAGUAGACCUGCUGUGGCUAACCCUGUCCUCGUGACGACACCUGGAAGCCCUUCCCUCCUCUAAUCCAUGUCCCCUGAUUGAGUCCAGAGCUGUGCACUCCUGCUUAGACAGUAGAACUGCUCUACACAUUUCCCUAAGUCCCCUUUGACUGUAUUGUGGUCUCAUACUUUUGC